UGGACCGGGAAGGCCAGGCCUUCAUGGCAUAGUUGAGGGCUCAGCUUGUCGAGCUGCAAGCACCAAUGGCUUCCUUCGAUAAUUCGAGGUAUUUCCCGAACGAACUGUCGGAUGAGCCGACGGGCGGAACGGACCUCCACGGCGAUGAAUUCAGGUGAGUGGGCAGAGGAAAGCUGCCUGCCUCCGUAUUGCCUGCCACUGCUCACUGCUGGCAUACAUCCUUAAGCUUUGACUGAUAUGCUGUUUGGUCAUCAGGUCAUGGUGCGUGGUGAAUUCGCAGAGGGUGAUGGAUAAAAUCAUGCGGAGGCAGCAUGAGAAGCCGUCCAUAUACACGGGUGGGGUGCACAAACACACAACAGACAAACGGACAAACGGACAAACCAUGCAUUCCCCUGUGGCUGGUUGGUUUCUGUCACUUUCUCACCUCAGGUGAGUGCGGCAAGGCCUACGUGCUGAUGGACAUGGCCGACCACGGUGAGCAGCAAACACAUGUGUACACACACACAAUGCCAGCUUCUCUCUCUCUCUCUCUCUCUCUCUCUCUCUGCAUGUCUGUGUUGCAGGUGUGGCACUGUCGAAGGACCCGUCGAUAUCGAGCCCCGUCAACCUGUACGAGUCGGCCUUCCACAUCAUCACACGCGAGAUGCAGCACUUCCCACCCAACCGGGUGGCGUCGUUCCUCGAGGGCCUUUCGGGCUGCAUCGCGAUGCAGGCAGGCAAAUCUCACCCUCACACACACAGAGCAUGGAGCAAGGGAGAAGGUGAAGGUGUGUCAAGCCUCCAUGUGAUUCGUUGGUGUGUUGUGAUACUUGCAGGCCGUGUUGCUGGUGAAGCUGCAGCGGUCACAGGAGGCUCUGUCGUCCCUCACGCGCCUCCUCUCGCUCGCACAGCACGUAAGAGCAACCAGCACCUGGUAUGGCUUAUGUAUUGACAGCCACACUGCUCACACAGGUGUCUUCGAUGGCUGAGGACGAGUGCGAGUUCCUGUACGGCCGUGCGGGGUACGUGUAUGCCCUCCACUGGACGCAGCGGCAGAUCGAGCAGCACGACGAGAGGAAUGCCGACAUCGACAGCUUCUUCUCUCAGGGCGGCUGGGCCAGGGUCAAGAUCGACAUACUCAGGCAGGUCAACCGACAUACACACGACAGAUGUCCAAUGAAUGGGCAGCAACCAUCCUCCUGUGUGGGUGUGUCUGCAGAUCCUGAUUGAGGGCUUAUCUUGUGCGAAUCGGCUGGCCGGCAACGGUAUCGACCUCGGCGGCCUACCCCUUGCUUACGAGUGGCACGGGAAGUGCUACCUGGGUGCUGCGCACGGCCUGGUAAGAAUAUACAACUACUAACGAUGGCGUGUGUGCGCCGGUGAAUGCCCGGAAAUUGUGCUCCGCUGUUCCGUUUCCCUCACCUGGUCAGGCAGGCAUCCUCCAGGUGCUGCUGCUGUGCCGCAGUGACCUCCCACACAUCAACCUGCAGACAAGUGAGGCACCAGUAGGUGAACGCGUGCCACGAAACCACACCAAACGACACGCGCUUUUCUGUGUGUCUGUGCAGGCGGCCAUGACGCGUCCGUCACCCCAAUGUCGCUGAUCUCCCGCUGUCUGAAUGUCCUCUCGUCCUCACCUCACAUGUUUCCUGGAGGCAAUGUGUCGUCGAGCGUGGGAUCCACGCAUGACAGACUCGUGCAGUGGUGCCACGGGGUGAGCUCACGGGUGUGCGAGGACAUCGCAUUGGUGCAUGAUGGGAUCGGAUGGGGUGUAUGGUGGUGUGUGUGUGCAGGCUCCCGGGUUCCUCCCCGUCUAUGUGCAGGCCAUGGAGGUGUUUCCGAGCGAGCGGGAGCGAUUCGCGAGGGUCGCUCUGCAGAUGGGGGAGGCGGUCUGGCAGAGGUACACGCAUUCGCGCGCGCAUCUAAGGUGCCGUGUGUUGUUUGUCGUGCAGGGGUCUGCUGCGGAAAGGGGUUGGCUUGUGUCACGGAAUUGCCGGUACUUACACUGACGCUUCACUUGUACGGCACGACGGGGGUGGCUGUGUGCUUGGUGCAGGCAAUGCGUUUGCCCUGCUCUCUGCGUACCGAAUUGCGCGAGACCCGAAGUGGCUGAGGAGAGCACAACAGGUGCGUAGGUCCAUACGCGCAUCCAGUUCGAGCCGCCCUGCACUGUUUCUUCCUUGCGUGCAGUUUGCUGCGUACUCGUUGGAGCACUUUGAUGACCUGCGGAGGAUCCCUGAUAGGUGGGUCGGUCGAUGAGACGACACACUGUCCCUUAUAUAUGCGGUCGGCAUCUCUGUGGCGUGUGUCGCGUGCAGGCCGUACAGUCUGUUCGAGGGCAUGGGGGGCCUGGUGUGCCUCCUCACUCAGCUGCGAAGUCCCGACAGGGCGCUCUUCCCCGCAUACGAAUGAGACGCUAGUCUGUCCGGCUGUAAGACUAGGCUCUAGGCAUCAUUUCUCGGUUGCUUCUCGUGUGUUCGUCAACCUAGUGAGGGAUGAGAGAUGGUCUCUCUGUCAUUCCGCAUGUCUGUCUGUCUGUCUGCCUGGUCUGUGGCUGUGUAUGUAUUUUUUGCUUGGCUGGCUGCAUUCUAGCGAGUGAAUGAGUGCAUAUGGGCGGGCCGUGGGAUAUCAAUCACCUAGGGAGUGAGUGAGUGAGUGAGUGGGUCGAGUCCUGAUCACGGAUUCGAUUAAAGGGAGUGGGUAGUGAUUGGGUUGUACGUGUGUGCGUGUGCAAUUGUGUGUGAGCUGCCGUACCGCACCUUCAGCAGUAAGCUUUAGACACUGUCAACAUGUGCACUCAACCAAAAGCUUGACCGCGAGGAGUACCUGCCAUCCUGUCCUGUCCAUAAUUAGAG